GGCGCUGUGUGCGGGCGGGGCUGGCGCUGCUCUCACCCUGGUAACAGCGGCCGCUGCGGAGCCGCCCCCGGCCCGGCACCAUGCAGGGGGAGGACGCCAGAUACCUCAAGAGGAAGGUGAAAGGAGGUAACAUAGAUGUUCACCCUUCCGAAAAGGCCCUUAUUGUUCAUUAUGAAGUGGAAGCAACCAUUCUCGGAGAAAUGGGGGACCCCAUGUUGGGGGAGCGAAAGGAGUGUCAAAAAAUUAUUCGGCUGAAGAGUCUUAAUGCAAACACAGACGUUGCUUCCCUGGCUCGAAAGGUGGUGGAGGAAUGCAAGCUCAUUCACCCCUCCAAGCUAGCGGAAGUGGAGCAGCUGCUGUACUAUCUGCAGAACCGCAGAGAUUCCUCUUCCGGGAAAGAAAAGAAAGAGAAAUCUAGUAAACCGAAAGAUCCACCACCUUUUGAAGGAAUGGAGAUUGAUGAAGUAGCCAAUAUCAAUGACAUGGAUGAGUACAUUGAGUUACUAUAUGAGGAUAUUCCUGAUAAGGUGCGUGGCUCUGCCCUUAUCUUACAACUCGCCAGGAACCCUGAUAAUUUGGAAGAAUUGCUGCUCAAUGAAACUGCCCUGGGUGCAUUAGCCAGAGUGCUGAGAGAAGACUGGAAACAAAGUGUGGAACUUGCUACUAAUAUUAUUUAUAUUUUUUUUUGCUUUUCAAGUUUUUCUCAGUUUCAUGGACUAAUCACACACUACAAAAUUGGAGCUCUGUGUAUGAACAUCAUAGAUCAUGAGCUGAAGAGACAUGAGCUCUGGCAGGAGGAACUCACCAAGAAGAAGAAAGCUGUUGAUGAAGAUCCUGAGAAUCAAACCCUGAAAAAGGAUUAUGAGAAAACCUAUAAAAAGUACCAGGGGCUGGUUGUCAAGCAGGAACAGCUGCUGCGAGUUGCUCUUUAUCUGCUGCUGAACCUCGCUGAGGACACACGCACAGAGCUGAAGAUGAGGAACAAGAACAUUGUCCACAUGCUAGUGAAAGCACUGGAUCGAGAGAACUUUGAGCUGCUUAUUCUGGUGGUGUCUUUCCUGAAGAAACUUAGCAUUUUUAUGGAGAACAAAAAUGACAUGGUUGAAAUGGAUAUUGUGGAAAAACUGGUGAAAAUGGUACCAUGUGAGCAUGAAGACCUGCUGAAUAUCACCCUUCGACUUCUACUGAACCUCUCCUUUGACACGGGCCUGAGAAACAAGAUGGUCCAAGUUGGGCUGCUUCCCAAACUUACUGCACUUCUAGCAAAUGAAAGCUACAGACAGGUAGCAAUGUGUGUUCUGUAUCACAUAAGCAUGGACGACCGCUUUAAAUCGAUGUUUGCGUACACAGACUGUAUACCACAGUUAAUGAAGAUGCUCUUUGAGUGCCCUGAUGAACGCAUUGACCUGGAGCUCAUUUCCUUCUGCAUUAACCUUGCCGCUAACAAGAGAAAUGUGCAGCUUAUCUGUGAAGGAAACGGAUUGAAGCUGUUAAUGAAGAGAGCUCUGAAGUUCAAGGAUCCAUUGUUGAUGAAGAUGAUCAGGAACAUUUCACAACAUGAUGAGCCAACUAAAAACCUGUUUAUUGAUUAUGUUGGUGAUUUAGCAGCCCAAAUCUCUAAUGACGAAGAGGAAGAAUUUGUGAUAGAAUGCUUGGGAACACUGGCUAAUCUGACCUUAUCUGACCUAGACUGGGAGCUUGUGCUGAAAGAGUACAAACUGGUUCCAUACCUCAAGGAUAAACUAAAACCAGGUUCUGCAGAAGAUGACCUUGUCUUGGAAGUGGUGAUCAUGAUUGGAACUGUAUCUAUGGAUGACUCCUGUGCUGCUAUGCUGGCCAAAUCUGGAAUUAUUCCAGCACUCAUUGAACUUCUAAAUGCUCAGCAGGAAGAUGAUGAGUUUGUCUGCCAGAUCAUCUAUGUCUUUUACCAGAUGGUCUUCCACCAAGCCACCAGAGACGUCAUCAUCAAGGAGACCCAGGCUCCAGCAUAUCUUAUAGACCUGAUGCAUGACAAAAAUGCUGAGAUCCGCAAAGUCUGUGACAACACACUGGAUAUUAUAGCGGAAUAUGAUGAGGAGUGGGCUAAGAAGAUCCAGAGUGAGAAAUUCCGAUGGCACAACUCUCAGUGGUUGGAGAUGGUAGAAUCUCGACAGAUGGAUGAGAGUGAGCAGUACCUGUAUGGGGAUGACUGCAUUGAGCCCUACAUCCAUGAAGGGGAUAUUUUAGAAAGACCUGACCUUUAUUACAAUUCAGAUGGUGUGAUAGCCCCUGAUGGAGCAGUGAGUCCAGAUUUCUUCAGUGAUUAUCAUCUCCAAAAUGGAGACUUAGUUGGGCAACAUCCCUUCUCCAGCAGCUUGACUGGGGGAGGGAUUCUCGCCAUAGAAAUGUCAGCAAGCCCAGCACACACAAGGGUCGACAAUUAAAUGACUUCCAAAGUUUGGUUUUGCUAAGACUGUUUUGCAAAAUCUCUUAUGUAGUGGUGACUACUUUACUAUAUAUUUUUUAAAAGUGAAAGCACUUGUGAUAGAUUGUUGUGAUUUAUUUUAAAAUGUAUAUGUCUAUUAAAGCCCACGUGUGAUAGAGAAACUGAAGAAAAGAGAAGCCAGGUGCAACCCCUGGAGUCUUAGGGUAUGUCUAUACCACAAUCGGGGGGCACGACUGCAUGCAGGACAUGUAGGCAUACCUGACUUGCUUUAAUAUGGCUAGCUUGGGUACCCAUUGCAAUGAAGCUGUAGUACCCUGGACAAGCCCGCCUGGAAUCCUGGGUAAUUGGGCAGCUAGCCUGCACAGAAGCAUAUGCUACUGCUGCUGCUUCACUGCUGUGACACCCAAGCUAGCUGGAUUAAAGCUAGGUUGGAUGUGCUAUGCUACACAAGUUGAAAUCACAUCUCUGAUUGGAGGGUUGGUGUACUCAUGGAGUGUGGUUCACAGCCAUUCUCAACUUUAACAUGGAGGUAUGGCCCAUGGAGAUGACAGGGUGCAAUUAUCCAUCUUGAACAUCCGGGAUCUAGAUGGAAUAUCAGAGGGAGACAAUUCCUAAUGGCUGCAUGUUUCUAUUAAAGAUGAGGAUGGCUGCCAUCUGCUUUGUUUUUGGGAAACUAGGAAUAGCCCCAUCAAUAUCCUAUCACUUUGCCAAUGAAGCCCUUGGUUGGGGAAAGUUUGAGCAUCCUUGAGCUACAUUAGAUUGCUGAACCUUGAAUUUCAACCUUCUGUCAAAAAUGUACUUUUUUAAGGCUUUGAAUCUGAUUUCCUUCCAGCUAAAAGGAAUGGCAAAAUACAUCAAACAUAUUUUAAAAAUAAAAAGUAUUUGUAGAAUGUCCUUGUUCAUAACCACAACGCUUUAAAGUCUGGGGACCCAUUUAAAUGAAAAGAAUAAAUACAAACUGCAAAACUUGGUAACAGCCCUUUGUGCAGGGCGCAGGCAAAUACGUUCUGAUUUUCCAAUUAGAAUUCUGUUUCUGGGAGUGUUUUUCAAUAUGAUUGUCCCUGGAAUUAUCCACCUUAUAGGGAGACAACCUAAUUGGAAACAGCAUGUACUGUUACAAAUGUUCUGUCCCAUUUACAGUACAGAGGAUCAGAAUUGUUUUCUGGAAUAGACACAGGCAGUUGGACAGAAAAUCCCAGUUUUCAGACGUGUCAUUAUCGUUUUGAACUUCUUGGCACCAGGAGCUAGGAUUUCCUGAUGCUUAGAGGUAAUGUAAAAUGCAUUAGUGCUCUGAGGCAUGAGCAACAGAAUUGCCAGUCCCAUGAGUCUGGAGUUUUCAGCCUCCCCAAAUUUUAACUGGUGCUGGAAGGUAAAGCCAUAUUUGCUAUAGAGCCUAAUUAAAAAUGAUAGCAGCUAGUCAGGGUUCUUUUCAUGUAUUAUAUAGUGUACAUUUCAUCCAUACAAUAACAUACUUCUGUAGUAUUUUUAUGCUUGCAUUUUAAAAUUAACAAGAACCUUAUGUUAAGAAAAAAAAAGGACACCAGUUCCAGCUUUUAAUAAACCAGG